AGAAACGGCGUAAAAUAAUCUUGACAGUUGUUCGAGCAUCCUCUUGAGCUUCAAUUGCCAUUAGUGGUAAGCACGCUGUCAUUCAUCACCAUUCUCUCUCUCUCUCUCUCUCUCUCUAUUCAUCAUCUUGUAUUCAUUUUCUUUUCGUGCACGAAUUCAUUGCAUCCAAAAGCCCCCUUUUCAGUCAUCAAUUCCACCAUUGCUGCUACAGAUAGGGAAUUUUUGGAUUCCAUCGUGGUAUUCAGGUUGUAGCUUUAAAAAGCCACUCAGUGAAGUAAAAACAACAGUAUGUCUGUUUCUAUGAGAGAUUUGGAUCCAGCCUUCCAAGGAGCUGGACAAAAAGCAGGAAUUGAAGUGUGGCGCAUUGAGAAUUUUAAACCAGUGCCCGUUCCACAGUCUUCUUAUGGCAAGUUUUUUACAGGGGACUCCUAUCUUAUAUUGAAGACUAUUGCUUUGAAAAGCGGUGCACUACGCCAAGACAUCCAUUAUUGGUUAGGUAAAGAUACCAGCAAGGAUGAAGCUGGAGCAGCAGCACUGAAGACGGUCGAACUCGAUGCAGCUCUUGGAGGACGUGCUGUUCAAUAUCGCGAGGUACAAGGACAUGAAACCGAAAGAUUCUUAUCUUACUUUAAACCAUGCAUCAUACCUCAAGAAGGCGGAACUGCAUCUGGUUUCAAGCAUGUUGAAUCUGAGGAGCAUAAGAUCCGUAUGUUUACUUGCCAAGGAAAGCAUGUAGUUCAUGUAAAAGAGGUUCCUUUUGCUCGAUCCUCACUCAAUCAUGAUGAUAUCUUUAUCUUGGAUACUGCGAAUAAGAUAUUCCAGUUUAACGGUUCCAAUUCAAGCAUUCAAGAAAGGGCUAAAGCGCUAGAGGUUGUGCAACAUAUCAAAGAUACGUAUCAUGAUGGGAAGUGUGACAUAGCUACUGUUGAGGAUGGAAAAUUAAUGUCUGAUGCUGAAACCGGAGAGUUCUGGGGUUUCUUUGGUGGCUUUGCUCCGCUUCCAAGGAAAACAACAACAGAUGACGUCAAAAGUGCCGUUGCUCUUCCCACUCAGCUAUUCUGUGUGGAGAAGGGGCAGGCGGAACCGGUUUCUGCCGAUACGUUUACAAAGGAGCUGCUGGAUACAAAUAAAUGCUAUCUUCUGGAUUGCGGGGCUGAAAUAUACUUAUGGAUGGGGAGAAGUACUUCUCUUGAUGAAAGAAAAGCCGCAAGUGGAGUUGCAGAAGAAUACCUGCGUAGCCAGGAUAGACUGAAGUCUCAAAUCAUCCGAGUGAUUGAAAAUUUUGAAACUGUAAGUUUCCGGUCAAAGUUUGAUGCUUGGCCUCAAUCAGCUGAGGUGGCCGUCUCUGAGGAUGGUAGAGGCAAGGUGGCUGCACUUCUAAAGCGUCAAGGGGUCAAUGUGAGGGGUUUACUUAAAGCAGCUCCAGAAAAGGAGGAACCUCAACCAUAUAUUGAUUGCACAGGAAAUUUGCAGGUUUGGCGUGUGAAUGGCCAAGAGAAGAUUCUUCUUCCGGUCCCUGAUCAGUCGAAGUUUUACAGUGGAGAAUGUUAUAUCUUCCAGUAUAAUUAUCCCGGAGAAGAUCAAGACGAAUGCCUUAUUGGGACAUGGUUCGGAAAGAAAAGUGUCGAGGAAGAGCGGAGUUCGGCUACCUCACAUACAAACAAGAUGGUUGAGUCGCUCAAAUUUAUGGCUUCUCAGUUGCAAGUUUAUGAAGGAAGCGAGCCUAUUCUAUUCUUUGCAAUCUUUCAGAGCUUUCUCGUUCUUAAGGGUGGUCUAAGUGAUGGAUACAAGACUUUUAUAUCAGAGAAUGAACUUUCUGACGACACUUACAAAGAAGACGGGGUUGCGUUAUUUCGAGUUCAAGGCUCUGGACCUGAAAACAUGCAAGCAAUCCAAGUCGAACCCGUUGCGUCAUCUUUGAACUCCUCGUACUGCUACAUACUACACAGUGGUUCUUCCGUCUUUACAUGGAUUGGAAACCUUAGAACUCCCGAAGUAGAGGAACUCGUCGAGAGGCAACUAGAUGUCAUAAAGCCAAACAUGCAGGCAAAGUUACAAAAAGAGGGUUCGGAAUCCGAACAAUUUUGGGAAAUUUUAGGUGGAAAAUCCGAAUACCCGAGUCAGAAGAUUGCAAGAGAUGCCGAAAGUGAUCCCCAUUUGUUCUCAUGCACAUUUACAAAAGGAGAACUAAAGGUCAUUGAGAUCUACAACUUUAACCAAGACGAUUUGAUGACGGAAGAUAUCUUUAUUCUCGAUUGUCACUCGAGCAUCUUUGUUUGGGUAGGGCAGCAGGUUGAUCAGAAACUGAAAACACAAGCGUUAGUUAUUGGGGAGAAAUUCGUGAAGCAUGAUUUUCUUCUUGAGAAAUUAACGGUUCAAACUCCGAUAUAUAUCAUAUCGGAAGGGAGCGAGCCAGAGUUCUUCACGCGCUUCUUCACAUGGGAUUCAACCAAAUCUGCAAUGCAUGGAAACUCGUUUCAAAGGAAACUAUCUAUACUAAAAAAUGGAGGUCGUCCAACCUUGAGUAACAAACCAAAAAGACGAACACCGGGAGCACAUGUAGGAAGGUCUGCUACAAACGAAAAACCGCAGCGUGCAAGAAGUGUGUCUUUUAGCCCAGAGAGGGUUCGUGUUAGAGGAAGAUCACCAGCCUUCAAUGCUCUUGCUUCUGCAUUUGAGAAUCCAAGUGCACGGAACCUGUCAACACCCCCGCCCCAAGUGCGGAAGCCUUAUCCAAAAUCUGAUUCGUCAAAUGUUGCUCCGAGGUCCACUGCUAUAGCGUCACUAACCUCCACUUUCGAACAACCUCCACGAGAACCUCUCAUGCCCCGUUCCAUCAAACCUAGGCCCAAAUCGCCACCAAAGGCUGAGUCGAAUUCGAAGGAAAACAUAAUGAGCAGUAAAAUCGAAACCCUAACAAUACAAGAAGAUGUUAAAGAAAAUGAAGUUGAAGAUGAGGAAGGGCUCACUUUGUACCCAUACGAACGCCUUAUAACAGUAUCCACCGACCCUGCUGCAGACAUCGAUGUAACCAAAAGAGAGACAUACUUGUCUUCCGCUGAGUUCAGGGAGAAGUUUGGAAUGACGAAAGAAGCCUUCUACAAGCUGCCAAAAUGGAAGCAAAAUAAACUGAAAAUGGCACUUCAACUGUUCUGAGUAUUAUUUAUUUAAUAUAUUUGCAGCGGAGAGCCCGUUUUUUCGUGUUUUAGUUUGAUAGUGAGAGCAUCGGUGCAUUUUUAGCUGCUUCUGCUCUCAAGAAGCUGGUUCACGGUUGAUAUGAGAGUUGGAGUGCACAUUUCAGUUAACUCUACUUUCUUCUGUUCUGGUAUGUAGCUUUGUUCAUGGUUCAUUUUUCCCUUACGUGUCAGUUGCAUGGUCAGCCUUUUAUGGUCAAAGGUUUGAUGUGAGUUUGCAUUUUUGGUUGUUUUCUUCUUUCAUUUAUUUGAUUAUUGAUUUUAACUGAGUUAUAGGGUUUGCGGAAGCUGACCUGUUUUAGAUUGUAUUGUACUCCAAGGAUGGAGGUGUGUACAGGACAAACAACUAUUAAACCUGUCUUAAGUUAAUAGUAAAUUGUGUGUUUUUACUGUAUUUUUA